AUGCCCUCCUUCAUCUCCUCCUCCCGAUCAUCCAAAAAGAACCCCCAACCACCACCGGCAAAUUCGCUGGUACCCAAGUCCCACUCCCGCGGGCCCCACCCCCCAACAUCCUCCCGACGCUCUCACUCCCCGCAUCCCCCCUCAGCAACCAUCACCUCCUCCGGCACCACCCUCGUAAAACACAAACCCUCCAAACAAUCCCGCUCCGCCGGCAGCGCCGGCGCGGCCUCACAGCAACCAUCACCUCCCGUACCGACCAAGUCCCACGUCAACGAGCAAGUCACCCAAAUCCACGAGGAGCACCAAACCGGCACGUCAAAAUGGGUCGCGGGCGAACUGGACCGGACUCCCCACUGGGUGCAAGGGGAGCUAGACAGGACGAAUGACUGGGUGAGCCAGCUGAGGGAGGAGCAGCAGAAGGAGGCGAGCCUGUGGCUGGAGCAGGAGCUCGAGAAGGCGCCCAAGGUGGCGAUGGAAAGCGCGAAGAAUACGUAUUUGGGGUGGCUUUCCGGGGAGGAAGGGAUCGUGACGGCGGCACUGGCAUGGAUUCCGGUUGCGUUUGUGACGGGGGAGACGGUGAGGGUUGGGUUGGAGGUGGGGAAGGUGGUUUAUGAUUUGGUUCAGGGGACUUCGGGGAAUGGGCAGAGGAGGAGGCUUCAGGGGGCGUAG